UUCGUUUCGAUGGUAUAAAAGCCCUGGCGGUGCUGUGGACAGUAUCAGUCAUCCACAAGACAGUACAGCAGCCAUGGCAUUCAAGUUCGUCGCCCUCUUCGCCCUCGUGGCCGCCGCCAACGCCGGAGUUCUGGCUCCCGCCCCCCUGGCCUACCAUGCCGCCCCCGCCUACGCUCACGCCGUCCCAGCUUACGGCUACGCCUCGGCUCCCUUAGCCAAGGCGGUGGUCGCGAAGACCGUCGACGCCGAUUACGACGCUCAUCCCCAGUACAGCUACGCUUACGACGUCCAGGACUCGAUAACCGGGGACAACAAGCAGCAGCACGAGACCCGCGACGGCGACGUCGUCCAGGGUAGCUACUCCCUCAUCGAGUCCGACGGAACCCGACGCACCGUCGACUACACCGCCGAUCCCGUCAACGGAUUCAACGCCGUCGUCCACAAGGAACCCGCCGGCGUCGCCGUCAAGACCGUCGCCGCUCCCGUCGUCGCCAAGUACGCCGCCCCCGUCGCCCACGCCCCCCUCGCCUACGCCGCCCCCGUCGCUCACGCUCCCCUCUCUUACGCCGCCCCCGCUGCCCACGUGACCUACGCCGCCCCCGCCGUCGCUCACGCCGCCCCCCUUUCCUACUCAGCGUACGCUGCCCCCACGGCUCAUGUCAGCUACGCCGCCCCCGCCUACGCUUACCAUGGGCGCGGCCUUGCGUUGAAAAAUUCCGGUUCGAUUCGACGGUAUAAAAGACCUACCACAACACUGAGCUGUAUCAGUAAUCCAGCAGACGAUACAGCAGCCAUGGCAUUCAAGUUCGUCGCCCUCUUCGCCCUCGUGGCCGCCGCCAACGCCGGAGUUCUGGCUCCCGCCCCCCUGGCCUACCAUGCCGCCCCCGCCUACGCUCACGCCGUCCCAGCUUACGGCUACGCCUCGGCUCCCUUAGCCAAGGCUGUGGUCGCGAAGACCGUCGACGCCGAUUACGACGCUCAUCCCCAGUACAGCUACGCCUACGACGUCCAGGACUCGAUAACCGGGGACAACAAGCAGCAGCACGAGACCCGCGACGGCGACGUCGUCCAGGGUAGCUACUCCCUCAUCGAGUCCGACGGAACCCGACGCACCGUCGACUACACCGCCGAUCCCGUCAACGGAUUCAACGCCGUCGUCCACAAGGAACCCGCCGGCGUCGCCGUCAAGACCGUCGCCGCUCCCGUCGUCGCCAAGUACGCCGCCCCCGUCGCCCACGCCCCCCUCGCCUACGCCGCCCCCGUCGCUCACGCUCCCCUCUCUUACGCCGCCCCCGCUGCCCACGUGACCUACGCCGCCCCCGCCUUCGCUUACCAUCAUUACUUUACGGUAACUAUACGAGUGCAAGAGCACAAUGUGGAGGGGAUGGAGCAAAACUGUUGCGACAAUUCAUUGGCAAAAGAGAAAGAGGAUGUGAAUUCAGUUUUGGGCGAACGUCUGAGUGGGGCGCGGCCUCGGGAUGAAAAACUGUCCGGUUCUUUUCGACGGUAUAAAAGACUUACCACAACUCAGAACUGUAUCAGUAAUCCACAAGACAUUACAGCAGCCAUGGCAUUCAAGUUCAUCACCCUCUUAGCCCUCGUGGCCGCCGCCAACGCCGGAGGUCUGGCCCCCGCCCCCCUGGCCUACCACGCCGCCCCCGCCUACGGCUACGCCGCCCCAGCUUACGGCUAUGCCGCUCCCAUCGCCAAGGCCGUGGUCACCAAAACCGUCGACGCCGAGUACGACCCCCACCCCCAGUACAGCUACGCCUACGACGUCCAGGACUCGAUAACCGGGGACAACAAGGAGCAGCACGAGACCCGCGACGGCGACGUCGUCCACGGUGGAUACUCGCUCAUCGAAGCUGACGGAACCCGACGCAUCGUCGACUACACCGCCGACCCCGUCAACGGCUUCAACGCCGUCGUCCGCAAAGAGGGCGCUGCCGUCGCCGUCAAGGCCGUCGCCGCCCCCGUCGUCGCCAAGGUCGCUGCUCCACUCGCCUACGCCGCCCCCGUCGCCAAGUACGCCGCUCCCUUGACGUACUCCACUUAUGGUGCACCCAUCGCCAAGUACGCCGCCCCCCUGGCUUACUCCGCGUACGCUGCCCCCGUUGCCAAGUACGCCGCUCCCCUCUCUUACGCCGCCCCCGCCGUCGCUCACGCCGCCCCCCUUUCCUACACAGCGUACGCUGCCCCCACGGCUCAUGUCAGCUACGCCGCCCCCGCCUACGCUUACCAUCAUUAGGCCGAACUUUUUUGUAACAAGUAAUAUUUAAGAGUGUAUAGUUUUUUAAAUAAAACGAGAUACACUUACAUA